AUGAGGAAUGUGAGCAGCGAACUCAUCGUUCUCCACAACGCUCGCCGUGGCGUCACAUCGGACGAACACCGCAGCAACAUCACCACCGUCCAGCGAACCUUGGGCCUGUCCGUGGGUGUUCUCAAGGGAGGCUGGAACAAACAAGCGGAGCAUCGCCUGCUCGAGCUCUUGCGGAAAGCCAAGCGCAUUCGGAACAAAGUUCCAGCCCUCAUGGACGCAGAACAGGUCGAAGUAGCUCCAGAACCAGCGCACCAGGCCUGGGAGGACGACCCCAUCGAGGACUGCAAUGCCCCCGAGGAGAAGAAGGAGCAGCAGGUGAAGGUGUCGCUCUCGGACUACGAGCGCAUCCAGACGGCCCUGGAUGAAGCAGUGGCCGAGACCAAUGAGUACCGGCAGAACAUCUACUACGAGGACAUUAUCAUCAAGGAGUUGGAAGAAGAACUGCUGGUGAUCACAA